CCAGUGGCCAACCAGGGCAGACUGUGUGAGGAGGGAAGAAUUGAGAGCCGGAGAAACGGUCUGCCAUGGGAGGGAAAUAGCAAACGUAUUUUGCACGCGCUCAUAAUCUUCAGUCUUACUGGUAACGGUGGCUGGUGUGGUAUCGUAAGAUACGGGAUAGGAAACCGAAAUCAACUCUGGUCACCUAUGUUAACAGCGAAAAGUGUUUACUGCCAAUUAACCGACAUGCAAAUUGCUAAUGUCUGCAAAAUUCUCGUUUAGGGAACUUUAAGAAAAAUGACAUAAUGAGGGUUCGAUUAAGAGACAAGUUUAAUUUGAACCACAAAGCUCGAAUGACGUGUACGUGUAUACGUCGGUGACAACGCUUCUUUCAAACACGGAAAUGGAUAUUCAAAAGAAAUUUCUGUGCCCUCGCUUGGUCGACUAUCUGGCCAUUGUGGGGGCGAGACCACCCUCAGCUUCUCGUCAGCCUGUGCAGGUACCGGAGCUGCUGCGCAGGUAUCCUGUUGAAGAUCACAAGGAUUUUCCAUUGCCACUCGAUAUGGUUUAUUUCUGCCAACCGGAAGGCUGCAGCAGCGUUGGUCCCAAACGUACAGUUCUGCGAGAGGCAACAUCCUUCACUUUCACACUUACCGAUAAGGAUUCCGGAAAAACGCGUUACGGAAUCUGCGUGAAUUUCUACCGGCCAAUAGAACGCAGCGGAAGUGCGGGUACCGGAGUAACAAAUAGAAGGGACAGGCACAGUACAACUUUUCGUCGAGAAAGUUGGAGGAAAAGUAUGGAAAAAAGUUCAGACUCUGCAUUCUCAAGCGACUAUAGGAGCAGUGUGGUAGGGCCGAGUGACUCAGAAAGGGAUUGCCCAAGCAGAAGAGACUCCGAUACACCCCAUGCACCUCAUGCCCCGAGACUCGGUGUAACUGCUCCAAGUGGAGACAGUGAAAGCGGAGGAAGUCACUCUCCUUCUCCUAGAGCUUCUCGAAAGCGUCAGCGGGUGAGAAACCAUUCCUUGACAUCGCUGUGCAUCAUCUCUCAUCACCCUUUCUUCUCAAUAUUUCGCGAAUGUUUGUUCGUACUUAAAAAAAUUAUUGACGCCUGUAACGAAAGCUCUUCGCCAAGAAGAGUAGGAGCAUCGAGACAAGUUAACAGGGAUACAGUAUGGAGUGCGCUCACUGGUCAAGCUCUAGAUGGUACUCCCUUAAUUAUACUCCACGAUGUGAGAGAAAUUGAAACGUGGAUUCUUCGGUUGCUGAGCGCACCUGUUCCUGUCCCAGGGAAAACGCGAGUAGAAGUUGAAAUACUUUGUCCGUCUUUACAACCGCCGCUCUGUUUUGCCCUUCCCGAUCACACUAGGUUCUCGUUAGUCGACUUUCCGUUACAUUUACCUUUGGAGUUGCUGGGUGUUGACAUAUGUUUGAAAGUGAUGACGCUCAUUCUACUCGAACACAAGCUUGUGUUACAAUCCCGAGAUUACAAUGCACUGUCCAUGUCUGUGAUGGCGUUUGUGACCAUGAUCUAUCCAUUGGAAUACAUGUUUCCUGCGAUUCCACUUCUCCCGACAUGUAUGAGCUGUGCAGAACAACUGCUACUGGCUCCUACCCCAUUCGUUAUUGGAAUCCCUGCAACUUUUUUACUCUAUAAAAAGAACUUCAGGAUGCCGGAUGACAUUUGGCUUGUUGAUUUGGACAGCAAUAAAAUUACUCCCCCCAGUGGUUUGUUUGACGCACUACCCCCCUUACCUGAGCCAGAGGGUACAAUUUUGAAAAAUCACCUAAAACAGGCGAUGCAACUGAUGGACCAAGUCGGAGCUGGUGCAAUGGGAAACUUGGUAACAGCUCAGCCUCAGCAACCAUCACCGCAACAUGUUUUACCGCAACCUUCUAUGCAGUCUCCGAGCCGGAGAGAAAGUUCCGCCUCGCAUCAUUCCACAUUAAGCGUUUCUUCAGCCCGACACAGACCUAGUAUGGAUUACAGUGUACAUGGUCAAAUCAGUGCUGCUAAUUCCCCUGGCACACCAUCGACUUCAAGUCCACAUCGCGCAUCACUAACUCCAUCAGCUAGUCCUACUCCUCAAGCUUCAAAACAUAUGCCACACCCAUCGCCCAGUUUCAAUCCAUUCAUUUAUGGCAACGAUGUAGAUUCCGUGGAUGUAGCGACUAGAGUUGCUAUGGUCCGUUUUUUUAAUUCUGAAAAUCUCCUAGCAAACUUUACCGACCACACAAGAACCCUAAGACUUUACCCCAGGCCCGUAGUAGCUUUUCAAAUUAAUUCUUUCCUGAGAUCAAGACCAAGGACUAGUAGCUUCUUGAACAAAUUUGCCAGGACACAAGCAGUUGAAUUCUUAGCAGAGUGGUCGCUUACUCCGAGCAAUGUAGCCUUCUUAAGAGUACACACAGGAGUAUUUGAUCCAGCCCAAAUCGGUGACAAGCCACGUUGGUAUGCACCAGGUUUAGAACCAAUAUUUUUUCCUGUCUGGGAUUCUGGUGGCUCGUUAGCUGGAGCUAUGAAAACAUUGAAACAGCUUGAAACCCAGCCAACGGAUGAAAGCGGAUCUGAUUCUGAAGGAGCUGAGAGUACAAGUUCAUCGUAUUCUUCACUUAGUGAUUUUGUCUCAGAAAUGGCAUCGUCCGAUCUUUCACCCAGCUACAAUUGCCCCCAAGCAACACAGCCCCAACCCAUGUCUCUUUCGGUCGAUCCAAAAAAUGUUUACAACCCACCCAGUUCAUUGCAAUAUCCCGGAGCUGACGAGGACCCUCCUACCAGACCUGGGAGCCCACUAAGUACUUCGUCCAGCCAUAGCGAUUUAAGCAGUCCUAGUUUCAACCGUGACUCUGAACUAGAAUUAAAUCCGAGGGUUCAAGAAGGCUCACAAGCUGCUAAAAGUGAUAAUGAUAAAGAGGAGGGAGGUAGCUUUGAAUCAGACUCAGCAUCGACUACAGCCACACCACGCACGAUCCUGAGUGCACAAAGUACGGUAGGCCAGUUUGGAAGUGGCACGGGGUCUUUAGUGACCCCACCACUCAGUGAUACAGAGCGCCCUACCACUCCCCAUCGGACCUCACGCCUCAAUAGAUCUGUCACUCCAGUACCACCACUCAGUCCAGGACCACAACGCCAACCAAGUGUAGGUAAUGUUUUGGCUCGCACUUCAAGCUUUGGGUCAUCGGUUGGCCCUCUUCUUCCUAGGCAGUCAAGCAGUAGUAGCAACAAUGGAUCACCUACAUUACCUCGUCAAUCAGCGACUGGUAACGGUGUACAACGUCAUAAUAGUGGGAGUAGUAAUGUUCCUCGACAGAACAGUGGAGGUAGUACUGGAACUGGAGUAACAAGGCAAGGAUCACAAGGAUCGUUGUUUGAACAAUUUGCUUUACAAGCCAAAGACCUAGUUAGGGAAACAACGAGGCAGAGUAGCCAAGAUGGAUUGCUCGCUCAUAUGGAUAAGUUGAAACAUCAAGCAAGGGAAAGAAUAAAUGAAGCGGGAGAAGAAAGUCUCUUUGCACCUCUGGAACAGCUUACUCAACAAACAAAAAAGGCAAUGGGCGAAGCUUCAAAGUCAGUCCAAGAAGUAUCCAAGAAUGCAUUGGAAGCAAGUAAAACAGCUGCAGGUGUUAGCAAAAAUACAUUUGAAGAUUUAACUUAUGUGGGGAAAAGUACGUUUGGGGAUUUAACUAAAAGUGCUAAAGAAGCAGCCACCAAAAAGGGGUUGCUCAAGGGGCUUGGUGACUCUCAACAGUCACCACCACAGUCUUCUUCACCACCAGGUCCGCUUCAGCGAAGAGAUUCCAGCAGCAACCAGUUGGUUGCAUCUGACUCUCGUGCUGGUAGAAGAGAUAUUGGGCGUGACUUUUUUAGCAAUAUAAGCAGUGAUCUGAAUGGCAUAGCGGCACAAACUAGCAGCAUGUUCAGUGAUUUAUUUGGCAAUAAGAAUAGCGUUAAUCGGAACGCUAAUCUCCUCCCGCAAUCACAAAAACCGAAAGACAAAUCUCAGUCGUUUGGUCCCUUUCCUAAAGGUCGCAAGGGUCUAGUUGAGAGAUCUUCAUUGAUAAAACAUUCCACGAAUAAACCUAGUCAAGAAGAAUUGCAACGGAUGCAGAAUGUAGAAAGAUCAAGUACAAACAGCGACAAUCAAGCUUUUCUUACAGAUAUUGUGAGUAAGGCUUUGGCGGGAGAAGGUGUAGGAUGGCUUAAAUUAAAUAGAUUAAAAACAUUGAUGGAAGAUGAAAGCUAUCGUAACUUUGUUGUUACGAAAUUAAAUAAAGGUCUGGAAAGGAAAAUUAGUCCAGAUGAUCAUAUUGAUGAUGUUUGUAUUUCACAGCCAGUUUAUAAAGGGAUGUUGAAGUGCCUUCAAGCUGUGGUUCAUGGUCUGGUACAUACUUACAGCCAGUUUGGGCUGGGCGGUAUGGCAUCAGUAUUCCAAUUGAUGGAAAUCGCUCACACACACUAUUGGAGCAAGGACUUAACAGAGGGGGGCUUCGAAAGUUCGCUUAUGUCUCAGACUUCUAGUCCGUUUGGCAGUAAAGAAAAUUUGAGAUCACCACAAUCUCCAAAACAGCCUGAUUUAUCAGAAUUGUCUAGGAAGUCGUCCCUUCAACCAUCUGCAGAAUUACCGCAACUUAGAUUGGAAACAUCGCACCCCCAACUACCAUUAGGCGGAGAUGAUAAUAAAUCUACUACAGACAUGUUUCUUGAUAUGUUUUCGAAGAAAGGGAAACUUCUAAGCAAAUUAACGUCCUUUGAUUCUGAGGGAGGGCGUGGUGGUGGUACUGGAAGCAGCGAAGCCCUCUCAACUGAUGGAGGCAGCAUUAUCACAAACCCUGCAUUUCGGCAAGCUCACCAGGCCUCUUUUCGCAGCACCGUUUCUGACAGUGAAGUUGAACAAGGCAAUUUCCCGCGGCAAGGUAAACAGCGUACUGCCAGUGUUUGGUCCAGUAAAUCGUCUUUGAGUACUGGGUUCAGGUAUCAUGGAGGAAGUCUUGUUCCAACGGUUACAACACCUAGUCCAGAGGCUGCACGAACUUAUCUAUUUGAAGGUCUAUUGGGUAAAGAAAGGUCCACCCUCUGGGACCAAAUGCAGUUUUGGGAAGAUGCAUUCCUGGAUGCAGUUUCUCAGGAACGUGAUAUGAUAGGAAUGGAUCAAGGACCUGGAGAAAUGAUGGAGAGGUACAAAAGUCUGAGCGAAAGUGAGAGACGGAGGCUCGAACAUGACGAAGAUAGAUUAUUAUGUACUUUGCUUCACAAUUUGACAGCAAUUUUGGUGAUGCUCAAUGUUGAGAGAGGGGAACUAAAGCGUAAAGUACGCAGAUUGUUAGGUAAAAGUCAUAUUGGUCUCAUCUACAGCCAAGAGCUUAAUCAGCUUUUAGAUCAAAUGACCAAUCUUCAUGGCAAUGAUAUCGAUCUCAAACCUCUCACUUCUCGACAAAUGCACCGUCAGUCCUUCACUGUUCAUGCAGGCGUUGAUGCUGAGGGAGAUUUGCGUUUUCUAGAAGUUCGACAUGACGGUCUUGUACUUAGGUCUGUGAAUGGAGUAAUUGUUGAACGCUGGUGGUACGAACGUCUGGUGAAUAUGACCUACAGUCCAAAAAACAAAGUACUCUGUUUGUGGAGGCGGAAUGGAGGACAAACUCAACUGCAUAAAUAUUACACCAAAAGGUGUAAAGACUUAUAUUAUUGUAUAAAAGAUGCAAUGGAGAAGGCAGCCCAACGAGGUCGUGGUGCUGGUUCAGGUGUAGAAUUAGGUGGUGAAUUUCCGGUACAAGAUAUGCGCACAGGUGAAGGCGGCCUUCUUCAAGUUUGCAUGGAGGGCGUGGGUCUACUCUUCGCUAAUAGCAAGGAUUUCGAGUUUUUUGUAAGACUCGAUCAUAUCCGCAAGUGCUUUACUCAGAAGGGUGGGAUCUUCGUUUUGGAAGAAUUCAAUCCUAAAACUAGAAAAGUAAUUCAACGUAAAUAUAAGUCACAAUUGGCAGAUCAGAUCUGCUAUGCAGUUCUCUGUGUUUUUUCGUACCUAGCUGCUGGUAUGGAGGAACGGAAGCAGUUACAGCAGCAGCAACACCAUCAAUAUCUGAAUCAGCCCACUGGCAGUGGUAACCAGGCACUCCAAGGAUCUGGAUCAUCGCAAUCGGGUUCACCCCGUCACCACUGACGUAGAGGCAGACACUCUCUCCCAUUCGUACACAACUACAAUAGCUGUGCUCCCUACGCUUGCUUACCUUGGGUAUAAUAGUAAUAAAUAUUGAUCGGAUCACGUCCCAGUAAAAAAUCAGUGAUCCUUCGUAUGGUGUGAACUUUGGUCGGUGUUGCAUACAUUGACGGAUAAAAAAUCAUUCAGAUGCUUUCCUCAAAAAAAUUUUGCAUAAUAUACUAGUAGAGUUUUUGCUUUAAUUUAAUUAUCAAUAAAUCUCUUGGUAAUUUAUAUUAUCUUUUCUUAGAGAAAUCUUCUGCGGGCCAGGAAAAAGUUCUUGCAUAAAUUAUGAUCAAUCCUGUGUUUUUAUUAGUUAAGCCAAAUCCGGUAUCGAGUACCGAAAUAGGUAAAAUUUGCUAUCAAAAUAUUGCAAAAAACAUAGUAAUGUACGUAAUUAGAUUAAAUAACGUGGGAGGGAGCGAUGAAUCAGUUGUUAAGGAUACUAGCAUGAUAUAUAUUUUACUAUUCGACAUUUUUGAUAAUGUGCAUACGUUCCCAGAAUGUUUUAAUUUCAAUUAUCAUAUCCUAUUUAGAAAAAACGUAAAACUAUAUAUUAUACAAAAUUAUAGAUAUGAAUCUGCAAUCCAUAUUUUUACAUAUGAUUUGUAAAAAUGGUCGUUAAUAUUUUAUGAAUCUCUAAUAUCAUUUUCCACAUGUGAUCUUAAUUGCGAGUCCUUGUACAGCGCAACAAUCGCCAUACAUAGUACUUAUACUUUAACGAGAAUAUCAUAAUAGGGCGAUAUAGUUGUAUGUUCUUGUCCUAAAAACAUUCACUUAUAGUGCCAUGUCAGACAAUAUUUGUUGUUACUGCAACAAACAUGAUAAUUGAUAAGCUAUAGUAUUUCAGAUGCAUGUUCAGAUUCAAUUAGAACAUUUCCGUUGAAGCGUAGCAUUGAACAUCAUGUAACCACAAAGAAAGUAGUCGAUUCAUCUAAAAUUGUUUCUUGUCAAAUUUGGUCCAUUGUGUGUUACAUACUUAUACCUCGUUGAUCCAUUUCGCCCUGUGAUUAUAGAUCAUUGAAAAAAAUGCGUGCAAAUAUUUAUGUGAAUAUGUCUCACUUAUUAAUGGGUAACUGUAAUAUAUCUGUAGAUCAGUUUUUCAGUUAUUUAAUUUGUACAUACUGGACUAUAACAUAAUUGUCUACGCAGAUAAGCGAAUAAUGACGGCAUGAUCUUAGCUGCCAAAUCAUAUUGAUAAACUUUGAAAACAUUGUAGAAGAGUUAAUGAACCAGUUCGCAUGUUGAUAAUCAAAUUUUAAUAUAUUUUGAAGUAUGUUACGUGAGCAUUCCUUUUUACUUUGAUAAAUUAUGCAACUGUUUAGGUAUAAAUGAUAAUACAAAAUUAUUUCCUUCACAGAUAUAGUUACAGAUGGAAUUAUUCCGAUUUGUUUUUAAUUAGAAGUUGAUUUGAUAAAUUAUUUUAGCUCAGGAUUAACAUGUUCGCUGUGAGCAAUUAACGUCAUCUAUUUUGAUCUGUUCAAAUUUAUAUUCAAGAUCAUCAUCUACACGAUAUAAGAAAAAAAUCAUACAAAAUUACAUAAACCAACACAGAUAGAUUAUUGUUUUUUAACAGCCAACUAUAUGUGAAUAUCUUGUACAUCAAUCCAUAUUCUAUAUUAUCACUAAAAUAUAUCAUCCAAUAAAGAUAGUAUUGAAUAUAUCCUUAUAAUUUAGGAAUAUUGUAACAUUUCAUGUGUUAAAAAUCAAAAGAUUUAAUAUUUUGAAAAUGUUAUCAGUUACUUUUUGUUAUUGCUUUUAUUUUUCGAAUUUCUACUUUUCGACACAAUUGAAUCGACUUUUUUUGUAAAUUAUAUUAAUUGAGAGUGAGUGAGUUUUCCUUGAACGUGCUAUUUCAACUCGUAAAAAAUGUGUAGGGCAACAGUUGAAGCAAAUUUGAAGUAAUAUAUAAAUUACUGAAAAGCAGCAAGUAACAGUAAUUUUAAUUGUUAGUCGUGUUGGUGACGAAUGCAGGGAAUUUAGACUGCAGUUUAGUGAAAUAGUGUCACAGUAAGCAAUAUAAAAAAUGUGCGUUUGAUCAAUACGAUAAUGCGUAUAAAAGCGUGCAGUUUGCUUUCGUUCCUGAGUCAGUGUUUUUCAAAAGUAUAGAUUUUAUGUCAUAAUUAAGAGUGUCGAAAUAAUUACGCAUAUCCAGGAAUCGACUGCCACGUAUGAUGCGCUUAAAUUUAUUAUGCGCCAAACUCCGUGCAAUGUGUAACCUGAUGGUGUACAGAUGUAUUGAAAAAUUAUUUACUGACACGAGAGAAAUAAGUGGGCUAUCAUGUCUAGAGGAUUCCAUUCAAGAUAUUUGAAUCCAAAAAUUAAUCAAUCUUAUCCCAAGAGAGUAUUUGAUCCAUUGAUUAACCGAGAUUGCGAAUAAUUCGAAAAUUAUCUGUACUUUUGGCAAACGCCCACUUAUUCAUAUAUUACUUGAUAUGAUAUGUUGGUAAAAUAAAUAUAAUAUAUAUUUCAUGGA